ACUCUCUGAAAUCUCAUGCUUUUCACAGAGCUUUAUCUUUUGAAAAACCAUUUGCAAUUGCAUCAAUAAUAUAAACUAUUAAUCCAAGUACUGCUCAUUUUCCAGUGUUGUACUAUAGGAGUAUUAAAAUAUACAUGAAUCCUCCUGUAUAGUACUAGUAUUAUUCUUUCUAUAUAAUCUUGUAUUCCAAAUCAGCACAAUUCAUAACUAAUUCUUGACUCUGCUCCUCUUUAAGUGACAGAAAAGAAUCAAAUGGAUAAUAUUGAUUGGGGCAAUGAGCUUCAACAAAGCUUGAUAAUGUCAAGCACAAAUAACCCUCUCUGCUUCAACAACAACAACAAUCCAGCUACUGGCGACGGUUGGGAUUUCGCCUCGUUCGAGUCCCUCGACCGCCUUCUGUCCGCAACUCCGCAUCAACCAGCCUCACCGACGCCACCGCCACAUCAGCCGAGCAAGACGGCGGGAUCUCCUCCGGAAUUUCGCGAAAUUGACGAAAACAUCCCAAUUUGGCGAAAUUCCGAAGAAAUCACUGAAGAUCACCGCGGAUCUUCAGCUAACGACAACAAGAGGAAGAGAGAGGCGCCGGUCGAAUCAACGAAUCUCGAUUUCCGGUCGAAAUUUUCCGAUCACGGCGGCGGUUUCCGGCAAAAACCCAAAAAGGCGAGAUUAGAAAAUCCGGUUUCGUCAUCGUCGAACAUCAGUUUCCAGUCAUCGGCCGACGAGGCGGACGCGGAGGCGAUCGCGCAGAUGAAGGAGCUAAUCUACCGCGCGGCGGCGCUCAGGCCGGUGAGCUUCGGCGAGGAGGCGGCGGAGAGGCCGAGGAGGAGGAACGUGCGGGUUUCGAGCGAUCCGCAGACGGUGGCGGCGAGGCAGAGGAGAGAGAGGAUCAGCGAGAGAAUCAGGGUUUUGCAGAAGCUGGUCCCCGGCGGCGGGAAAAUGGACACGGCGUCGAUGCUGGAUGAAGCGGCGAAUUAUCUCAAAUUCCUCAGAUCGCAGGUCAGAGCUCUCGAAGCGUUGGGGAAGAAGAGUUUGAUUGAUCCGACGCUCUAUAAUUUUCCCGCGAAUUUUGCAUUUUCGCCGUUGCUAAGCUACCAGUUUGCCAUACAGCAGCAGCCCCGGUUCUCGCUGUUUUAGCGUUUUAACGAAAAUGUCUCAUCCUAUGGUUAAUUGUAAAAAGUUUUAAAUUUUGAAUUAAAAAUGUGCUGACAAAAAAAUUCGAACGAGUAAAAAGGGCAAAAUUUC